AUGACAGAUUACUUCCCCCACUUGGCAAGAUUAGCAGCUAAGAAAAACAGCCAUCGCGAGAAACUCAAGAUUUAUUCUUACAACAAAGAACGGUCCCAUUGGCAACCCACCACUUUCGAUCACCACACGACCUUUGAGACCCUAGCCAUCGAGCCCGACCUCAAGAACACCGUGAUCGACGAUCUCGACGCUUUCUCUAAAGGAAAAGACUUCUUCAAGAGCGUGUCCCACGCCCUGGAAACGUGGAUAUCUUCUUUAUGCUUCAGAGCGUUAAAGACGAUGCUGAGUUGCGGAAGAUUCUCACAUCCACCAAGAACGGAUCAAUUCUUCUCAUUGAAGACAUUGAUUGUGGAUCUGAUGCCUCUCGUAAACGCAAGACCAGCGAAAAAAAAAGGAAGAUGGCGAGCUCCAAAUUGGCGAGAAGAAGGAGGCGGACCUUGGGGUACUGUUGUUGGUUAUAAAACUCUGUUUCCGAAGCUUAUGAAUGUUCCUUCUGGACAGGUAUCUUUGUCCGGUCUAUUGAACUUUGUGGACGGGCUUUGGUCGAGCUGCGGAGAAGAAAGAAUCCUAAUUUUCACUACCAAUCACAAGGAGAAGCUCGACCCAGCCUUGUUGAGGCCAGGAAGAAUGGAUGUUCACAUCCUCAUGGGCAAUUGCACGCCAUUUGUGUUCAAGAAGAUUGAUGACCAUGCCCUGUUGGAUCCCAUUGAGAAGCUCGUCCUUGAGGUCAGUGUAACUCCGGCUGAAGUCGCGCAGCAGCUCAUGGCGAGUAAGGUCGCUGAUAUUGCGCUCAAAGGUCUCCUCGAAUACUUGGAAGCCAAGAAGAUAAAAAACGAAGAAGAGACCAGAGCGGAGGCAGAGGGAGUGAUUGAAAUACCGAAACUAAAAAAGCAGACACAUAAGCUGAACAAGAAGCCGAAAUGA